AUCAAUUGUUUUUCUCUUUUUAUUAAUCAUUUCAUUUGAUUUUACUUUUUCUCUACUCAAUCAUCUAAGUGGUAAAGUGUACUGGUUAACUGUUUUGUUUACCUUUUAACCUGUUUUUCGAUUUGUUUUCGAUUCUACCUUGGGUGACAUAAGAAAUAAGGAAGAGAGAGAUUUGUAUUUCCAUGGAUUAAGUAUGAACGGAUUUUCAUUCAGUGGUUUUUGCUGCCUUUUCUGCUGCCCUCCGUGUCCAGGCAGAAUAGCAGCCAAGUUGGCAUUUUUACCACCCGAGUCAACUUAUAAUUUUGUUCUUGACGAGAAGAAUAAUAAAUUUACCCUUGAGUUAAGUCAACGAGCUGAAUGGCAAUAUCUUCCAAGGGAAUUGGACCAAAUUGAAGUCUUCUUUGCCCGUUCCUCCCGAGGUAAUCGGAUUGCUUGUAUGUAUGUUCGUGCCUGUCCCAAUCCAAAGUUCACCAUUCUAUUUAGCCAUGGAAAUGCCGUCGAUUUGGGUCAGAUGAGUAGUUUCUAUCUUGGUUUAGGCUCAGAAAUUAAUUGUAAUAUAUUCAGUUAUGAUUAUUCUGGUUAUGGUGUCUCCAGUGGUAAACCAUCAGAGAAAAACCUAUAUGCAGAUAUUGAUGCCGCCUGGCAGGCCUUAAGAUCUCAUUAUGGUAUCAGCCCUGAGAAAAUUAUACUCUAUGGUCAAUCAAUCGGCACUGUGCCCACUGUUGACCUCGCCUCACGUUACGAGGUUGGUGCUGUGAUACUACACUCGCCACUAACGUCCGGUAUGAGAGUUGCUUUCUCUAACAUCAAACGAACCUGGUUCUUUGACGCAUUCCCAAGCAUCGAGAAAGCACCAAGAAUAACAUCACCAGUUUUAGUUAUCCAUGGAACGGAGGAUGAAAUUAUCGACUUCUCUCAUGGAUUAGCGAUGCAUGAAAAGUGUCCCCGCGCUGUUGAACCUCUUUGGCUCGAAGGUGCAGGUCAUAAUGACGUCGAAUCGUAUGGCCAAUACUCUGAUAGAUUAAAUCAGUUUAUAAAUGUCGAUCUAAAUCCACAAAACAAUACUUGAUCAUUUAAUCAUAUUAUUUAUCAACAUUUUUGUGUCUUUCCUCUCCCUCUUUAUCAUCUAUCAUUCUGUCUCUCUGUAUCUCUCUGUAUCUCUCUCUCUCUCUCUCUCUCUUCUCAGUCUCUCUUCUCAGUCUCUUAUAAUUUUCUCCCUCUAUCCCUUUAAUAACUUUGCUAGUUUGUCUCUUUCUCAAUCAACAAUAAUUUCUUUCUACACUUUAUCCUAAUCAACCACAACAUAUUACCAAUACCUGGAACUUGUUUCAUCAAGUCUUUUCUAUGAAUCUUAGCUUCAAACAUACCAAAUCAGCCAAUCCCCAUAUCAUCAUUUUCUGAGAAUCAUCUCUUUUCCCCUUCUAUCAUUUUCUCUCCGAUCAGGUGUCCCAAUCAACAAAAUAGUGUUUUUUACCUGUUAAAAUUCACAUUAUUUAAGAACAACUUAUACCAACUGAUCUAUUUAUCCAUCAAUCUAUACAUAUACAUGCAUCCAACGUAUAAAUACAACUCUCUCUCUCUCUCUCUCUCUCUCGCUCUCAUGUUUCCUUCUCUAAUUCUUAUUCAUGCUACAUAUACAACUUGGAACUUUAUCUCUCUCUCUCACACACUCUCUUAAUUCUUCUUCUCUCCCUUUUUCUAUGUCUUUCUAAUCUAUUUCCUUUUCUUUUUGCGCCUUAUCCAUGAAAUCAUUUUUGCUGCACAAGAAAAAACAACUUAUACACACAAACACAACAACAAGCAAAAAAAAUCACUUACACGUUUUAAAAUCAUUUCUUGAGUAAAAAAAAUCAUAACGAAAACUUUGAUAAACUGUCUUGUAAUGUUCAUUUUAAUUCCAAUUGAUUACAAUGGUCAAUCUCUCUUUCGUUGUAUCAAAUCAAUCAUUAACUGUUCACCUCUAUUAUUAUUUAAAAAAAGUUCGAAAACAAAUUGUUAUCAGUUUUCAACGAUUUCGACUCAA